AUGCACUAUGUUGUAUUAGAAGUUCAGACGAGUCAUAUCGUCGAAAAACCGAAGGAUCAGUGCCGUGUUCGCAAGCUAUCAUAUCAAAUCAUUGAUGCAGAUAGUUUAAAACCAUCUUAUGACGAGGAAUCUCUGCCUUUCGUUUCCUUAGAUGCUCCAGACUCCAUUACUUUUGAGCAAGCUAUCGAGAAUUUCGAUAGAGACAUACAAAAAGCUAUUGGCACCGAAUCAGAAUUUGUUUUUUGUUCACUCAAUUCGACCUGGGAUAUACGUGUAACCUUACCACGUCAAGCUCGUGAUGAAGGUUUCAUGUUACCGUCCUAUUUACAGCAUCCAAAGGUCUUUGAUCUUUGGAAAGAAUAUGAGAGGUGGUGCAUUAAUCACCCAGAGGUGAUUUCGCUCAAGAAGAAUGGUAACAAAAAGCCAAAAGAUAUUUCAGAAAUUUUUAAAUUGCUUGACAUACCUGAUAGAGCUUCGAAUGAGGUCGUCGAUGUUCGCAAAACUGUGGAUAUUUUACUUCAAUUGCAUAAAAAAUGUACAACACCGGAAGAUAAUUCAAUGGUAUUAACUUUACCGUAUGAUUCCUAUUCUGAUAUUCGUAAUUUCUUACAGGAGCUGUCAACAGUUUUAUAUUUGAACAAUUUACCACCGGAUACUACCCAAAGUGAAUUAGAAUCCUGGUUUACUCAAUUUGGAGCAAGACCAAUCGGUUUUUGGACCGUGAAGAACAUUGUAGAAGAAACCUCUAACGUCAACAAUAACUGGAGCAUGAAUAAUAGUCCUUAUGUAGAGGAGCAAGAUAGCAUAUCUGGUUUUGUUGUUUUUCAAUCACAUGAGGAAGCAACAGCUGCACUCACACUAAAUGGUCGCUCAAUACUUUCCAAUAUGGCCAAUACAAAACAACCGAGAGUUGUCGAGCACAUUGUCGAAAUACAACCUUCUUCGACGAGAGUUUUGGAAAGAGCGCAAACUAUUUUGUCCCCAUUUCCUCAAAGUAAGAAUAAACCAAGACCUGGCGAUUGGAAUUGUCCAUCUUGUGGGUUUUCAAAUUUUCAAAGGCGAACCUCGUGUUUUAGAUGCUCCUUUCCGUCAACUUCAUCUCAAAAUAAUGUCAAUAAGUUGUACAUGAGCGUUAAUAGUAAUAAUGCUAACGUUGGCAAUUUAGGCACAAACCACGAUAAUAAUGGUAACGCAAACGGUAACCCCAACCUAAGGUCAAAUCAAACCCAAUUUGUCCAAAACUUGCAUAUACAAACACAAAUUCCCCCACAUGCGCGGGUCAUGACACCAACAUAUGGAGAGUCGACUCAUAUGAUGAAUCAAACACAUCGUUAUAAUGGUAAUAACAAUCACAACAUCAGCUCAAAUUAUAACAAUAAUAAUAAUAACAAUAAUAACAGUAAUGGCAAUACCACUAGAUAUAAUCCACAAUCGCAUGGAACUCCUGGUAGCGGUUCCAAUGUUCCAUUUAGAGCCGGUGAUUGGAAAUGUCCGACAUGUGCAUACCAUAAUUUCGCUAAGAACGUCGUAUGCUUACGUUGUGGUGGCCCAAAAAUGACGAUAAGUGACUUGGAAAAUAAAUUAAUGGAUAACAGUAACAAUAGCAAUAGCAAUAACAUCACUAAUGAUCAGAAUUACAACAACAAUUUAAAUGCAUAUACAAAUAAGAAUGCAAACACACAGACAAAUGCACACACGAACACGAACACGAUCACAAGUACAAACACAAACACAAACGUUUAUAAUAAAAGUUUUAUGGGGGGGUUAAUGAAUACAGCGUCAAUGGGAUCCACUGCAUCUUUGAAUGAAUAUGGUAGUAACAGGAGGAGCAAUGGAAAUUUUUCAAAUGGCGAUAAUAGCCAUGGUUUUAGUAAUAGCGGAUUAGGUGUUUCAUUAGAUGUUAGAAGCUCGUCAGAACCCAAGUGGUAA